UUGAUCCCUCUGUUUUUUAUCAUUGGAUCUGGAGGUGUUGGCGCAGCCCUGUAUGUCAUGCGCUUGGCAAUGUUCAACCCAGAGGUUUGCUGGGACAAAAAAAAUAAUCCAGAACCUUGGAACAAGUUGUCUCCCAAUGACCAAUACAAGUUCUACUCGGUUAACGUAGAUUACAGUAAACUGAAAAAGGACCGCCCUGACUUCUGAACAACAUUCUUUUCUCCAUAAGCUGCACAGAAAGGUCUUCCGGAAGCCGUCCGCACAAUUAUCAUGCUUAAUCAUCCAGGAAAUAAUUAAGUUUGCCUCACACUGCACAUGAUCAUGUGUUUAAAAGUUGGGGUUUAAUAAACGUGUGAAACUUGAA